GAAAACGCCGUUCGCCAGGCUAGUGAACGACUUCUCCGCACACAAGUGCCUUGCACCCAAACACCGCGGGCAAGUAAACCUUCACCCAUACUUUCUGACCUAUUUGCACGUCCAUUGGAGUCAACUCUCGGAAGGCCUUCCGAUUUGUAAAAACAUCAUAUGGCGCCCUUAAUGCGUCUCGUUCGAACGCGUUCUCUACGUGUUCCCCAGCAGCGGACCCGUGGAUACUCGUCAACCACGGGACCACGGUCCGCACAUUCUGAAUGGUAUGCAUCCAUGCUGCCGGGCAUGAUCCCGGUAGCUCUUUUGGGUUCCGCUGUGUACUUGGGGUUGCAGUUAUUACAGAGCCAACUGGAUCACGAGAAAUUUCUAGAUGAAGUACGAGACCAAGUCCGUCAACUCGAAGAAGAGGUGGAUAGGUUACAGGAGGAACGGGCCCUGCAACCGUUGGCAGUCUCAUCAUCACUCAACCCUGCCUCUAAGUGGUGGCCGUGGUGAUUUCCGUAUAGCAAUACAUGUAAUCAUCGGUUGAAGCCAUCAUCUAGGAUUCGCAGUGAAA